UUAUAAGCAGAUCAUCUUCUGUUUUAAGAAAGAAACUUUCUUAGUCUUAGUCUAAAUUAAGUCUACUUUCUCUGAAACCGGCGGAUAUAAAAGCAGGGUUUUUAAUAUGGACGGUGAAAGAACUACCGAUUACCAGAUCGGACAGGCUUUGUUGAACAGAGUGGUACACAAUCAAAUAAUGGCAUUCAGUAUAGACACCUCUUUAAGCCUACCUGACACUCCAGUAACUGAUGAAAGCAGUCAGAAGAUGGUGGAGGAGCUGUCAAAGGGAAUUAUUAUAAUUGGUGACAGGCUGAAUAAAGAUAAACUCUUUAAUAGCCUAAUCCAUAAUUUGGCAGCUCACGCCGAUAAGAAAACGUUCUUACUACUGGUGGAAAAUGUCUUCAGCGAUGGUCAGAUAAACUGGGGAAGAAUCUUCAUUUUGUUUUAUGCAGUAGGAAGGCUGGCUGUAAAGAUGCUACUAUCUAACUUGCCCACACUGGUCCUGGACAAUGUGAAUUUAUGUCUGGAUUUCUUCAGGGCCAAGCUGUUGGCAUGGAUUCACAAAAUGGGUGGAUGGAUCAGCAGUAUUUCAGCGCUGGCCCAGUUUUCCCUGGACAGUUUUUCCAGUUCCUCUAUCUGCAACAUCCCUGUGUCGGCUGGACUCGUCGUGGUCUUCAUGAGUGGGAUUCUGCUGGGUGGUCUCCUCGUCUGGAAACUAAACAAAAGCACUUGAGAGACACUUAAAAACAAAGAAAUUAUAAACAAAGCAAAGAAGAUGCACUGAGGGGAACAGAAUUAAAGCGGGACAUACUCAGGUUUUAUAAAAAUGUAAUUAUCCAGAACUAUAAGUAACUGUAUUUUCAGGAAUAACACAGUAUUGACAGGGUGCCGAGUUAUUAGAGUUAUUUUGAUGUGAACAUUUAAUUUUGAACCAUUUUAUUACAUUAAUGAAAUCAAACACAAAAAUGUCUCAAUUUAAUAAUAAUAAUAAUAAUAAUGAUAAUGAUAGAUUUAUAUAUCGCCUUUCUCAUACUCAAGGUCGCUUUACAACAAAACUUUUUCUAAAUUGCUUGUCAAAUGACUAUAAAUAUAAGGCCGAAAAUGCCUUAUAAAGCCGAAAUGAUUUCGAGAUUAGAGCCGAAAUGAUUUCGAGAUUAGAGCCGAAAUGAUUUCGAGAUUAGAGCCGAAAUUAUUUCGAGAUUAGAGCCGAAAUUAUUUCGAGAUUAAAGUCGAAAUAUUAUGGCCAUAGCGACCUCCUUGUGUUAAAAUGAGGGAUGUUCAUGAAGUUUUACUUUCGUAUCGGUUUCACAAAUAAAGAAAUCCUCAAUCUCCUGCACAUCAGCACCAGCGUGUUAUUAGCGUAAGGAACUGAAGGAGCUGAAACGGAUUUGCAAUAAACUGUGUUUAUUUAGAAGAACGUGCGCCAGUACUUCAACCGAGCCUUAUAGACUCGUACGAUAAACUAAAGCCGUAUGGCAUCGCUAUAAAUGGUUGCAUUGACGCGUUUAGUCAUUUAUUUAUUUUAUUUAUUAGUUAUUUUUAUUCUCAUAAUAUUUCCACUUUAUUGUCGAAAUUGAUACAAAAAAAAAUGUUUUUACUGCCCUAAUACUCUGUCGUAAUUCCCCGGGAAAUGUGUGUCCAGGCAUUAAAUGGUACUGUUGCUCGCUGCUUUUUGUGUGUUAAACAUGAUGGUGAACAGGUUGAGUCCUGUAAAUCAUCUUACACAUAUGAAGAGUGUUUUGUGAAUAAAUGGUUUCCUCCGUUCAAGUGUUAACAUCAUUUUGACUCACCCUGUAGUUCUAAAUUAAUUAUUUUGUUACUUGUCAAUUUUUUUUUUAAAUCUUUGACCCAUAUAUAUAUUUUUAAUAUUCAGUUCCCUAUAGCACUUUUCUAUAGCAGAAGCAAUAUUAUAUGUUUAUACAACAGGUAGUUCCGACCUUACAAUCUGAUUGGUUGAGAAGCGUUCUAACUGUGCUGAUAUUCGUGAUAACAGCACGGUUUUUUCACACCACAAUGGUAUUACUCCGCUGACGCAUUGCCAUUAACGACAAGCUUCAUGCACACAAACGCGCACGCAGGCGACACAGACUUUUUUUCCCGAUUGCGUUUUAAAUCCGUUAUCAUAUAUACAAUCUAGUGCACUGUGUAGGGAACAUAAAUCAAUUGUCUAAUAUAUUGUCUAGUGCACUAUGUAGUGAACAUGAAUGCGUUAUCCGAUACACAAUCUAGUGCACUAUGUAGGGAACAUUAAUGUGUUUGUAACGCGAACAGUUAGCUUAAUAGCCCAGUUAGCAGCUCCUAAAAGUUCUGUUAUCACCCAUAAUCCUUUGGUGUGUGCGAGAGGUUUUUUGUUUCUUUUUUUUCUCUUUGGAGGUUCUUGACUUUUUCUUCUUGUUGUUCUUACCUCCCUGAAAUGAGUUUUUGCAACUUGGGAUGUCUGCUUUGUAGUGUUAAACUUUAUAUUCGUUGUGGAACUAGUUUUUGGCGGAAGGUAUUGUCAAUAUUAAAGCAUAUUUAUUAUGAAA